UACUUCAACAUCCGUAGACAAAGGCUUCUCACAUAGGACGUGCAAGUCCUUGUCAAUAGCCUGCAUUGUCUCCUCUGCGUGCACCGAUGUCGCAGUUCCAAUGGCCACUGCUUGCAAACCGGGGUGCUCAAGCAUUUUCAGGUAGUUGUCGUACAACGUGACUCCAUAAGGCUCCAAGUUCUCUCUACCCCAGGCAAGCUCUGACUGAUCCGGAGUAAAAGCAGCCACCAGGUCAGCCCGAGGAGUGCGGUGCAAGAAGUUGGUAGCAUGGAGCUUUCCGACACGGCCUAAGCCUGCCAUUCCGACUUUGAGCUUCUGAAUUGACAUUGUGAUGAUGUCUAUAUGGUCAAUUGGAGAAGAUAAAAAAGUAUAGUAAUAAGAGGGAAUAGAUCGAUGGAUCUGAAUGUCUCUAGAGAGGAUUUCUCGAGAGCUUUAUAGCUCUCAGACAGCGCGGGGUUUCAUCCCCUGUAGACAUUGUACCUCUUUGAAUUGGGUUGAAGGUAAGACUUUCCAUCUAUACUGCAGACUAGAUCGCGGAAGCUGUAGCUUUAUCUGCAUCGUCGUGGAUCACUGUGUAAGCUACUAUAUAGCAGCAUGGAGAGAGUUGCCGGCGGGAACAAAUGAAGAAAGUCGGGAUGGAGAGACUUUCCCCGGUCGACUUCCCCACGCGGGGGAUUUUUGCGGGGUACACUCUUUCCCACCACUGCAAGGGAACUCUUUCCGUCCGCCUUCAUCCACCAUAACUGCUAUAUCACUCAGCAAUGCAUUGUCAAUGCCUCCGUCGACAGUAAAAAAGAGAACUCGGCUGAUCACUGGCUGCCAGCGAUGUAGAGUUCGUCAUUUCAAGUGUACGUAUACGUACGGAUGCCAGAUUCCGUAUCGAAUCCGAUCUCACAAGGCCUUGCAGGUGACACAGAUCUCCCAGCUUGCGCUCCUUGCAAAGGUUCCGGAACUAAAUGUGAGAGAGGAGUAAAUGUUCGGUUCCGUAAUGGAUUGGAUUUAGGAGAGGGUC